ACUUUUUUAAAUAGCGCGCGCGAAAUACUGCGUAAUUUUUAUGACAACGCACCGUGGUCCAAAUUAAAGUUAGCUGCGCGUUGCCUGCUUAGUUAGUGCAUCCCAAUCUACCAGUUUGGGGUAAAUUUCGGGUUCUAAUCUUUUGACGAACCAUAUUUAGAGUACUGUAUCCAAGCCGCUAGCACAUGUCUGGUAAAGGCUACUAGCUCACUUGAGCGUGUCCAGCGUAUGAGAACGAAAUUAGUGAAGGAUCUUUCUAAACUCCCUUACAAUGAACGUUCAAAACGCCUAAACCUUUUCCCUUGUCGAAUCGUACAACGCGUGGUGACCUUGUACCGGCAUUUCGUAUAUUUAAUUACAAUUCGGGUGGUAAUAUGUCCUAUCUUUUUUCUCCCUCUAGCACUAAUAAUCUCCGAGGUCAUAGCAAAAAGGUUUAUAAACCGCGAUCUAAUAAACUUGAAGUGGGGUCCCGUUUUUCUCAUCGAGUGGUCAAUGAUUGGAACGCCUUAUCUGAUCAAUUGGUAUCAGCCCCAUCAGUGAAUAUUUUCAAGGAGAAGCUGAACCUUCACUGGAAGUGAUUAAUAAUAAAUAUGGAUGAGAUUAUCCCAGGUCUAUGGCUUGGACCUAUGCCAUUUGCAGAAAAUAUUUCAGUCUUAAAAAGAAAUGGAAUAAUGUCAAUUUUAACAUUAGAUAUCCUGCCAUUAGACUGCAAUGUAUUCAAAGGAUUUAACAUGAAGUUCUUAUAUCUGCGUGACGAGCCAUCCCAGGAUUUGCUGGAAAUUCUUGAAGAUGCUUUAAGUUUUAUUGAUGAAAGUAUAAAAAAUAACUCAAAUAUUUUGGUUCACUGGUAAGCGGAGUAAAUACAUAGUGGUCUAGUUUUUUUAAAUUAAAAACGGGUGAACGGAGUAUAGUGCUAUGGGUGUAUCUCGCAGCGCCAGUGUUGUAAUCGCCUACCUUAUGCGUCGAAAUCAUUUAUCCUAUGAAGAGGCUUAUAAUAUUGUUUCAAGGAAACGGAGUAUUUUUCCCAACAAUGGAUUUAUUAAUCAGUUAAAGUUGUUUCAUAUUAUGAAGUGGACGGUCAACCGUGAUUCUCCAUUAUUUCAACAAUAUAUGACGAAAAGAACCUUCUCAGUUUUUACGGAUUAUAAUGGUGAUCUUUUAGAAAGUCAAACAGUCUGUCAGUUGCACACCACACCUUCAAGUUUUAGAUGUAAAAAAUGCAGACAAGUGUUAUUCAAUUCUAAUCAGUUACGCAUUCACCAAAAACCGGAGACAACACCUAAUCCUCUUAUAAAUUCUACAAAAUCCAAGAACACUGACAACGUAUCUAGUGUCUUAAUCAAAGGUGUUUCAUUAAAUAACUCUCCUUUACAAUGUGAUAAAAAUGAAUUGUUUUGUGACCCAUUGGAAUGGACAUUGCACAGUACUAGUGAUGUUCAAGGAAAGCUUUAUUGUCCUGGAUGCAACGCUAAAGUUGGCUCUUUCAAUUGGUGUGGCGAACCAUGUGUAUGUGGCACAUGGGUAGUUCCAGCAUUUCAUUUCAAUCGUAAUCACAUUGAUCGUGUACCAAUACGUUCGAGAAAUGUGAUUACUAUUCCAUCGAAGCCUGUAGAAGACAGUAAUUCCUUCGUUACGAAUGCCGAUAUGAAUCAAUCAUAAUCUUAUCCACUGUAUGUUUCUUCUAUCCUGUAUUGUUCUGUCUUCUUUGUAAUAUAUGAGCGCGCAUUUACAUCAAACUGAUAGUUUACUCAAGUUUCCUCCUCUUUCCUCAAAUACAAUUUAAAUCAAUUUAAUAUCUUCAAGAGAUUUAUUUCUUGUGAUUUAUUUGAUUACUAUGUAUAUUUCCCACUUUGUUUUAGAAUAGUUGGAUCCAUUCUUUUUAUCAAUAAAACUACAUUCUGUUUCAU